GCAAAAUCAAGAAAGUAAGUUCAAAAUUGUCUAUAUUUACAAAAUGGGGAAGAUGUAUUACAAAGCGAUAGCAAUGUUGAAGACUGCUAAGAAGAUCUACGUUAUACCGAUUACUUGUCGCACUGGAAGGAGCAAGUUUAUUAGUCUUGUGUACAUCAUGACGAAGAAGGAUAUAUUUAUCUUCGACACUCUGAAAUUUAAGGUAAAAAAUUUGCCGAAAGAAUUAGCUAAACUCAUCUUGUCGAAUAAGUGGAAAAUGGUGUUUUCAAAAAAGAAAACAUUGUACUUGUUGGGGCUUAAUCGUUGGAAACAUAUCUGUAACGUUUGUGAUAUGGAACUUUUAUUUGAAUCACUUGCUACUAGCCCCCCAGAUGCUUAUAAUGCCAUACUAAAUUAUAUCCGCCGAUUGGGAGAAAAACCAUCCAGAAAUCGUAGAAAUAACACCCGUCGUAGGCGACGUAGGCGUAGGCACAGUAACAGUAAACGAUUAAUUAAUAACCCACUUAACCCAAGACAUAAUAAACCAAAUCAAAGACGUAACAAACUAAUAUCUAACAAACCUACUUAUCGCGAAAUAAUUAGUAGCAAUCAAAAUCUUGAAAAUCCUUUUUCCCCACUCCUUGAUGUUGACUUACUUACAGAAAUGUAUAGUUCCAUAAAUUGGGCUCAACGUCCUUUCGAAAGAAAUGAACAUAUUUAUGCAGCAAAAAGAUUAUCAAAAUUGGCCGAAACGUUUCAUUAA